AUGAUGGAAAACAUUUCAUCCAGCAGCAACCUUCUCCUGAUGGAAGAAUUAGGGAUUCCUGAAUCGUCCACAUAUCCUGUGUUUUUCACAUUACUCUUUGUCUAUAUCGGACUGAUAAUCAGCAACAUCGGUAUCAUUGUUAUGAUCAUUGUAGAGAGAAGCUUGCACCAGCCCAUGUACUUGCUAUUUUGCAACUUGUCAGUCAACGACAUCCUUGGUAACACAUUCUUGCUUCCCCCUCUGUUGAUUGACAUGAUCUCAGGAAACAGGUUAAUUGGGUUUCAUGCCUGUGUUUUCCAGGUAUUUGGUGCCCACACAUAUGGCUCUGCUUCACACACCAUUCUAAUCAUAAUGGCCAUUGAUAGAUAUGUUGCGAUAUGCAAUCCAUUGCAAUACAAUGCAAUAAUGACACCUAAGACAGUGUGGACCUUGUCUGUAUCUGCCUGGGCAUUUGCAAUUGCACUAGUAGGUAUACUAGUGAGCCUCAGUCUCAGAUUGUCUCGCUGUAGAUCAGUUAUUCCAAAUUUUUAUUGUGACAAUGCAUCCCUGUUCAAGUUAUCUUGUGAAGAUGUGUCUGUUAAUAAUAUAUUUGGAUUGUUUUAUACUGUUGUAUUACUGGCCUCAUCAAUCGGUAGCGUUGCUGUUACAUAUAUUAGAAUUGCUGUCAUAUGCUGGACUCAGAAAAAUGCAGAACUCAAUAGCAAAGCCAUUCAGACUUGUGCCAGUCACUUAGUUGUGUAUUUGAUAAUGCUAUUUGCUGGGUUCAUUAUUGUCAUAAUGCAUCGGUUUCCAGAGUACCCAUUCUUAAGAAGACUUGUAGCUAUUCUUUUUCACAUUGUACCCGGUAGUUUAAAUCCCAUCAUUUAUGGUAUACAAACUAAACAUAUAAGGAACAAGAUAUUGCAGGUGUUUAGUAGAAAAAUAGUACCCAGUUAG